AUGUGUACAGAUGGCUCCAGCAGCACCCCUACAGAGAGAGGCACCUGUCCAUGCAGCUCACUGAAACAACACCAACGCAAUACUCCCCAUGUCGACUGGAAGAACCCAGCUUUAUACCAGACUGAACUCUCCAGGUCAGACGGGUCAUUAACCUCCCAGUGUGCAGAAACGAACAUGGAGAAUGGAACAGAUUAUACCUCCUUGGUUCAUCAGAACUCAGACCUCUUACAAGCGCUUGAUGCACUGGAGAAGACUUGCACGACGCUGAGGGAGGAAAAUGGGCUGUUGCGAAAGACUUGUGCUCCGGAGACCGAGGAGAAGGUCCGGCGGCUGAGGAGAAAGAACACAGAAUUGGCUGUUCUUGCUAAAAGACUGGAAGACAGGGCAAGGAAACUGCAAGAGGCCAACCUCAGAGUGGUGAAUCCUACCUUGAUGAGGCCAGGGUCAGUGGAACAGUGCAAGCGGGCCUUUGCACGCCAGAGAGCCAGGGAUUUAUCCCAACAUGCUGCUGCUCUGCUGAAUAAAGACAAGGAGAUAUCAGCUUUACAGCACGUGUGCAGCCAGCUAGAGGCACAGCUGGGAACCUCAAUGAGGUCCACUCCAUUGUGUGGUGAAUUUGAAAAGCUGCUAAAGGAAUCCCAGAAGGAGGUGCUGCGAUUGCAAAGACAACUGUCGAUCACGUCAUUCACACAACCACAGAGCGACAUUAUACCUGACACCGCAAUCCAGUGUGGGGGUUCUGAGAAAGGAGACAAGGAAAAGAGGGUAGUUGGUGAAGCGUCUUUUGUGUCAUUUGAUGAAAUUCUGUCAGGAAAUGAGAAAAUCCCCGGAGAGGAGGAGGAGUUGGGACAGCAUCUGACGCCCGUCCCGGGCCUCAGCCCGACCCCCUCCCUAAAGGAGGAGCAGCCUGAGGACCACCUAGAUUUUCUGGAAAGUGAACUCUGUAAGAAAAGAAAAGAAUGUGAAAAUCUCGAGCAUGAAGUAAAGAAACGACAGCGAAGAUGUCGAUAUUUGGAGAGCCAGCUUGAAGAGGAGCAAUGUAAAAAUGGGAAACUAGAAGAGGAGACUGAUCUCCUCAGACGGAAGGCACAGCUGCUCUACCAGACUCAGACUGAAAAUGAAGAGCUGAGGAACGAUCUUUCUCAAGUGACUGCUCAACACAAUUCAGUUCUCGAGGAGAACCAAAAACUCCGUGCCAAACUGGAGAACUUAGAGCAGGUCCUAAAGCAUAUGCGAGAGGUUGCAGAGCGAAGGCAGCAGCUGGAACUGGAACAUGAGCAGGCAUUGGCAAUCCUUAAGUUCAAACAGGAUGAAAUCAAACGUUUGCAGCGAGCUCAAUUAUUUGCCAAAAGGGAACAUGAAGGAGUUGUUCAAAUGUUGGAGAGUACACUGGACUGCAUGCAGUCAAAAGUCAGAGAUCUGGAAGAGAAAUGUCGUGGCCAGAGCGAACAGUUUGGCUUGUUAUCCCAGGAGUUGGAAAAGUUUCGAAUGCAGGCUUCAAUGGUGGACCUGGCUGCAUCUGCUCUCCCCAACAACCCCAGCCUCUCUGUUCUGACCAAUGGACUGGGACUCACUGCUGACCACGAUGUGGCGGCCGCACUUCGCAUUGGGCUCACACCACAUGCUGCAGGAUUAUCGAGGGUUGAGCGUUCUCCGGUCACAAAGCACAGAGAGCUGCCCACCAUCAGUGUCAGCAAGUCGCCCUCUUCCUCCUGCAAGUCUGAAGCAGCACGCCUCACGCCAAAGUCUGACAGACACCUCAGCCCUCACAAGUCAAGCUCUGCACAUGAGGUGGAUACUGCCAGUGAGGUUGAGGAGUUGGACAUUGAUGUUGCCUCAGGACCUGACCAUGUCCACAGGAGAGCAUCUAAACUCCAAGUUUUUAUUGCCCGUUACAGCUACAAUCCUUAUGAUGGGCCCAAUGAUAACCCUGAAGUGGAGCUUCCACUUACAGCAGGAGAAUAUAUUUAUAUGUAUGGAGACAUGGAUGAAGACGGCUUUUAUGAAGGAGAACUUAUGGAUGGCCGAAGAGGGCUGGUCCCCUCGAACUUUGUGGAACGUGUUUCAGAUGAUGAAGUUUUUGGUUCUCAUCAUCCAGAGACUGUGGAUAUUACCCAUAACUCCCUGCUUGACAGCAAUCUGCACAGUGCCAGCCACCAGCAUAACCUCCAUACUGGAGUAAGCGCCUCCCAGAGGACAGAGCUGUCCACUGCUUCUGUUCCUGCCUACAUUCCUGUAGAUUCAGCAUCGGCCUUGACUGUCCCAGCCCCUCUAACAAAUGGUCUGGACUUGGACUUAGAGGAGGUGGGAGUGGAUAUUGUGCCUUACCCUCGAAAGCUCACCCUCAUCAAACAGCUUGCCAAGAGCAUAAUUAUUGGCUGGGACCCUCCGCUGGUGCCAGCCGGUUGGGGUAACGUCUUGAGCUAUAAUGUGUAUGUGGACCAGGAGUUGCGGUUCAGUGUUCCCUUUGGUUCCCAGAACAAAGCAGUGCUGGAGCGUUUGGAUAUAAACCUAAAGACCUACCGUGUGUCAGUGCAAAGCCUGACUGAGAAGGGCCCCUCUGAUCAGCUUCGAUGCAGCCUCCUGGUGGGUCGGGAUGUGAGUGUCGCUCCGACUCAGCUGAAUAUCGACAGAGUGACUGCCACCACAGCCAACUUGAGUUGGCUGCCCAGCAACAGCAACUACGUGCACAUAGUGUCCUUGAAUGGGGAGGAAUAUGAACUGGUAAAGGCUGGCUGCUACUCACUGUGCCUCUCAAACCUAACUCCCAGCCUGCAGUACACAGUAAAAGUGGAAGCUCGACCACAUCGCACCCCAUGGGAGUUACCUGUGGAGCGGCGGGAACACAGAGUGUCUAUGGUCAUCUUUAAAACACUAAUGGCAGGUCCUCCUGAUGCUCCUCUGGAUGUCCAGCUGGAACAUGGGCCAUCUCCUGGCAUUGCUCUCAUUAGCUGGUUGCCAGUAACUAUUGAUGCAGCUGGAUCAUCUAAUGGCGUGCGCGUCACAGGAUACAGUGUAUAUGUUGACAAGAGAAAGGUUCUGGAGGUGUCAUCACCAACUGCAGGCAGUGUCCUGCUUGGCCCGUCUCAGAUUCAUUCACUGCAGGGGGCACAGGAGCUCACUGUGCGCUCCAUGUCUGCUCAUGGGGAGUCAUGUGAUUCUUUGCCUGUGAACCUUCCCUUCAAGCUGGAAGCCCUCCUCACAGGCCCAUCUGUCACUCCUCCUGUUGUGCCACCACCGUCCUGUAUCGCAGGCUCCCCUUGUAGGCUUCCAUCUCCUGCUUUCUUUGGAAAUUCAUCUGCCAACAUGUCCAUGCUGCCCGGCACAAUGCUGCCAAACACACAAGCCACUACUCAUGUGGUGGAACCUUUUGCCAAUCAGCCCAAUGCACUUCCUCCAGAUGACCCCUGUUCCAUAUAUGUGAAGGCCUGGGCCAACCCCUCCUCAGCUGCUGCCUUGGCUGUGUGCGACUCAGUAUUACCAGCAGCCUCCAACAUCCCUUCAAUGGUUAGCGUGACUUCAGCCAUUACCACGAUGCCUACACAACAAGCCAACCAGCCAGCAGCAGUGCACAGCAGAGACACUGACAGUCCUGGACUAAUACGUCCAUUCCCGUCCAUAACAGAGUUCAUUGAGGACCCCUGUGCCAAGUUGGAGCCCAUUCCCACCCCAUCAAAAGCUACACCCAUAGACCUCUUUCCAAAGGACACCCGGCUCCUCCGUCCUCCCAGCACCUCGCCUUUGGAUUCAGAAGUAGAGGAGGAGCAUGAAAACACACGCUUGGUGUCCAUAGAAGAAUUCUUGAGGCAAGAUCCGGAGUCCACAAACAACUUAAGGCAGAAGACUUAUGGGAAAGGCCUGGUAGAACUAUCACCCAGUGACUAUCAUGGAGAUAACAGCCGUUCAGACUUGUCAGACAUCUUGGAGGAAGAAGAAGAAGACCUCUCAACUGACCAUCUUGAAGAAACGCAAACUAUGGGAUAUAAAGUUGCUGCAAACCGACUAAAAUUCUGCCAACCCGGCACACCAGACAGCGAUGAAGAAGUUCUAGAAAGGAUACUUAAAUUGCCAACUCAGUUUAACCAUGGAAAGCAGCUGUCCAGUAUCCCAGAGGCAUCAGAGGAAGACAGCAGUCGUUCAGAAAAGUCCAUUUUACACCACACACAACCACGAGCCAGGCCCAGAGACCCAAGAGACCACAGGCAACAGCAACAUGGUCCACCACAGCACCAGCAGCCUAGUUCCCAUGGACAAACCAAAGAAUCUUUGUUUAGACAUGAAGGCCCUCAAGUCCGAUUAAAAACACGGCACCGCGUUCACUAUGCAGACCCAGUUGACAGCUGCUACACAGAAGAGGACAUUAGUAUGUACCAGACCCUCAGAAGCAGGGGACAGUCUGCUCGCUGUCCUCCCCAGCCAAACCCCCAGGGCCGAGCGCUGCUCAAAGGGCUAGGGGACCGCCUUAGGAGGGAGGCUAUGCUUAGGAGUCAAAUGGCUGCAUCUUCCACCAACACUGUCGCCCAUGGUUCUGGCCUGACAAAACCUAAUCCCAUCAGCAAGUCUGUGCACACUGUGAGAGCUCCAAUGAGCCGCGCAGCAGAGAUCGAUGUAGACUAUGGCACUGACACCGAGGAGCCAGUGGAGUGUGGCCGUGGAGAGGUGGUUAUGGAGCAGAUGAGCUCAGAAUGGUGGGUGGAGGAAGCUCAACAAUGCAAACCACGUCGCCACUGUGGGUCAAGGCCCCCGUCACUGGGAAAUGUUACUGCAAGACAGCAACAAUGGGAGAUUAACCAAGAUCAAGGAGGACUUUGUAAAUCAAUACCAAUGCACAACAGGCUUCCAAAAGGCUUUGUUGAACCACCAAAGAUGAGAUGCAACCUGCGCCUCUUUGUGGCACUGUUUUCUUAUGAUCCUGCGUCUAUGUCCCCCAACCCUGGUGCCAUUGAGGAGGAGCUGCCCUUUACUGAAGGACAAAUUAUCCAAGUGAUUGGUGAUAAAGAUGCAGAUGGAUUCUACCAUGGGGAGUGUGAUGGACGUGUUGGGCUGGUGCCGUGUAAUAUGGUGACUGAAAUUCAAGUGGAAGAUGAGGCGACCAAGCAACACCUCCUGAAGCAGGGUGCUCUGUCCACAGUGGGAUCCAUAGACAAAGGCACUUGCAUACAUGCACAGCUUCUUCGCCGCGUUGUUCCACCAUCGAAACCAAGGCGAUCCAAGAAAGUGGAGGUUGCUGCAAUGGGGGACACAAGUCAAGAGACUAAGAAGAACGCUCCAGUGGCUGAGGAUCAAGGUGUUAGUGCAGUUGGAGGAGCUCCUUUACCCAACCCUGGCCGCAAGAUGGUGGCCAUUUUUGAUUAUGAUCCUAGAGAGAGCUCUCCCAAUACAGACGUUGAGGCGGAGCUGACGUUCAGUGCGGGGGACAUAAUCCAUGUGAUCGGAGACAUGGACGAGGAUGGCUUCUUCUUAGGUGAGUUGAACGGACAGCGGGGCCUAGUGCCGUCAAACUAUUUGCAGGCCCUACUGGAAUCAAGUGCUACUCCUCCAGAGCCCAGGCGAGAAUCCCAGGCUGACCACAUCUGUCAGCAACACAUGUCUCCAGCUCCAGAGGAAACACUCUGCCCUGAUGUGGAAGCGGUGUGUCCAGAACAUGUGACCCAGCCAGCAUGGGCCCUCGAGCUGGCCCCCAGAGCAGAGCCUGUGUCAGAGGUCCCAUGUGAGCUCAGAGUGACACGGUGGGCCAGUGCACGGCAGAGAGAUGAAGCCACUUCCUCUUCACUUCCUGUGCGCAGCCUCGCUCCGUCCCUGCAGCCAACAGUACACUCAUCCAUAAAGUAG